AUGCGGUUCGCAAGAUUUCCAAUGUCCCUCUUAUGGUGGCAUUGGGUCCUUUGCCUACCCGGCGGUAUCGAUGCGACUUCGACUUCGCCAUAUACAAUGACUUGGUCAAAUAAGACUUUUGGCCCCGAUGGACCAUGGCAGGCCAUUUCAGUGGGAGUGGGAUCACCAGAGCAAGAAGUGGCUCUCUAUCCCGGUGGGCAGUGGUCAUCCACAAUCCUCCUAUCGACACUCUGCGACAACACGACCAAACUAGUAUCAUCGACAUGUUUCGCGGAAACGGCCGGGCUGUUCAACUACGGAAAAUCAGUGACUGUAUCGGACUAUAUCACAGACCCGUCUUGGGGAGCCAUGCACGCUUCAGUGGAUGGAUACGCUGACAAGGGCGUUUUCUAUGAGACACUCAAACUAGGCGGAGGGACGAAUGUUCCAAAUGUUAGCAUUACUGGUGUGAAAGAGUUUUAUCAGACAUACCCGAACGGUUACAACUAUCCAGAUUCCGUUGGAAUUUUAUCAAUGGGUGCACCCGCCCCAACCCAUAUCUGGGAUGGCAAAACAAUGAUGUUCAUAGCCGAUUACUUGUAUGCAUCUGGUUCUGAUGACUCAAAAAUUCCGUCUUAUUCGUGGGCAAUGCACAUCGGGUCAGCAGCUCUUGGAAUUCCUGGUUCGCUGAUGCUGGGAGGCUACGACCAAAAUCGAAUUAUGGGAGAUAUAUCGGCGCAGCCAUUUACUUCGUUCGACAGCAGUCAUCCUGGGGGGAAUUUGGUAAUUGGCCUACAAGAUAUCGGGCUGGGAGUGGCCACGGGUGGAUCUCCAUGGAGUUUCACGGAAAAGUCAGGGCUCCUUGCCGAGUCCAAUUCCAGUAUAAGUGCCCCCGUCACCUUAGAAGUCGACCCGACGCGCCCCUAUCUCUAUCUCCCAGGAAGCACCUGCGACGCCAUUGCGGCAAACCUACCCGUGCAAUUCAAUGACAGUCUUGGCCUUUAUCUUUGGGAGCAAAAUGAUCAAUUUCAAACCAUUGUGACGUCUCCUGCCUACCUCUCAUUCACUUUCCAGAAAAAUUCAGCAGAUGACGAAACUAUCGCGAUCAAGGUUCCCUUUCGAUUACUGAAUCUCACCCUGGAGGCGCCCCUUGUGGAAGAUAGCACACCAUACUUUCCCUGCUUUCCUACCACUGAAUCCUAUUUCCUUGGGCGUGCAUUCCUUCAGGCGGCUUUUGUUCUCGAAAACUAUGGAAACGCGGAUGGUGAUGGGAAUUGGUACUUAUCCCAAGCUCCUGGUCCUGGACUGAACGCAACUUCAGAAAUCACCUCCGUUUCAGAAUCACAAACAGCAAUUUCGAGUACGAGUAAUUCCUGGGAAGAAAGUUGGGAGUCCUACUGGACUCCUUUAUCUUCAUCUGCGACAUCAUCUAGCUCAUCAUCUAGCUCAUCAUCUGGAUCAUCUACGCCAAAUGGUGCCGCGUCCUCUACUCAAUCAUCAUCUGGACUUUCAACGGGAGCCAAGGCUGGCAUUGGAGUUGGAUGUGGCGUGGGAGGAUUUGCGCUAAUAUUCGUUGGGUCUUGGUUCUUGAUUCAACGUCGUCGGCGGCGGCAGGAGCAGCAGGAAUUGAAAGUCAACGCUUUAUAUACUCCUGGGGGGAUCGUUCAGCGUUCGCCACAGGAGUUAUUUACCUCACCCCCCGAGCUAAGCAGUGGCACCACACAUCACUCGCAGGAAUUAAGUGGUGAUGUCGCACCUCUUCCACAAGAGCUGAAUGGAAGCACGCCUCCUUCAAUACCACGGCAUGAGCCUCACUCCCAUGAACUAUUGUAA